AACAUAUUAAAAAUGAUAUUUAAAUCGCAGAACGUAUGACACAAUUGUGGACAUUGGUUGUGGAGACGGAGGCGUCACUAAGCAGUUGGCCAGUCGUGUAGCGCACCGGCGAGUUAUGGCCGUCGACGUGGACCCGGCAAUGAUAGCGUACGCCCGGCAGCACAACAACGCGCCCACCAUUGAGUACAGCAUCCAAAACAUGGCUACAAAGUGGGCGCACCUUAGCCCAGAUAUUCAGCGCCUGGAGGGCAGCGUUGAUCUGAUAUUCGCCAACUUCUCCUUCAACCGGAUUCGGGCCAAAAGCCAAUUGCUGUCAAUAUGUCGGCGACUGUUGGCCACCGGCGGCCAGAUUUACGCCAAUAUUGUGCUAAUUUCGGACGUUAACCGCAAGGCGGGGCCCAAUCAACGUCGCCGCGAAUGGUGUCCGUCACCCGACAAACAGUUGGCUGAGUGGCGACAACUGUUACGCGAUUACGGUAUGGCUGUCGACGUGUUUGAGUUGGACCGCCAAACCUAUUGUUUGACGCGUCAAGAAAUUAUCGUUUACGUAACGUCUGUCGUUCUCGACUACAAAAUGUACUUCGAAACCGACCAUCAGUUUGAGUGCGACAAAAACGAUUUGAUGGAAAUACUGUAUGACUUGACGUUCAACCCGUCGACCGACGCGCCCGACCCCAAGGCCUGGACUCGCUUUCUGGCCAAUGAGAGCGUCGCCGACGGAAUCGUUACCAGACAAGUCCUGCGAUUCGUUUGCAAUUAAAUUACAGAUAUAUUAUAGUUUCC